AUGGCGGGGAGCCACCCCAGCCGCGAGCACUCCAGCGCGCUGCCUGUGACCGAGGAGGAGGCGGCGAAUGGGGCCGGCGGGGACGGCGGCGAGGUGGACGACGGGUUUUCGGCGAAGGGCGCCCUGGAGAGCAAUCGCAUGCUCGACGAGGUGGAGCGUCUGGUCUCAGCGAAGAAGGUGGGCGAAGGGCGCGCGGACUUCCUCCGGGAAAAAUGCAAUGCGCUGCGCAAGGUAGUUCAGGACUCAAUCAAGCGCUCCGCGGACCUCGAGAAGCAGGAAGUGCGGCUAGCACGCAAGGUGGAAGUUGAGAAGGGGAGGGCGGACGUGGGCAGCAAGGGCGGCAGUCUCUACAUCCUGCAGCUCAAGGAGGAGCGCGACGAGGCGGAGAGCGAGCUCGUGUUCCUGAGCGAGCGCACGAUGAGCGCAGAUAUCGACAUCAAGCAGCUCAUGCAGGAGCGCGGCAUGCUCCAGGCGCGGCUGGACGAGAUGAUGCGGGAGGCGCGCGAGGCGCUGAUGCCCACGAUCAAGGGGUUGGAGGGCGAGAUCGGGGUGGUGCGGGAGGCGGUGGCGCAGAACUCGUCGAAGCUGGCGUCGGCGCGCAACGAGAAGCGGCGCAUGACGGGCCUGCACAACGACCUGCUGACGGAGAUGACGUCGGUGGAGGAGCUCAAGGCGCGCGAGCUGGUGCAGCUGCAGAAGGCCAGCGCGAUCCCGGAGACGGCGCGGCGGCAGAUCGAGCUGGUGGGCGCGGCGAUCAAGAACUACCAGGGGCUGGACAUGCAGCUGCGGCAGAAGGUGCAGGAGAACGACCGGGAGUACAUGCGGCUGGCGGACAAGCACGCGCAGCUCGACGAGGAGCACCGCGAGAACGGCCUCAAGGCGCAGAAGAUCCAGACGCAGGCGGCGAAGCACGAGCGCAUGCUGGACGACAUGCGGCGGCAGGUGGAGCUCGCGGCCAUCGAGAACGAGAAGCUCCUGUCGGACCAGGUCAACCUGGACAUGCAGAUCCGCGCGACGGUCGGCGAGCUCAAGCGCGAGCAGGACCAGCAGGCGCGCAAGCAGCACGAGAAGGAGCUCGCGCUGCGGAAGCUCAAGCGCGCGGAGGGCGAGCUGGGCGGCCUGCAGAACCAGCUGCCCAGCCUGGUGACCAUCCGCGACGGGCUGGUGUCGGACGUGGCCAAGUCGACGGCGGAGCUCGCGCGGCUGCGCGACGCGACGUCGGAGCUGCGGCGGGACGUGGCGGGCGUGAAGGACGUCCUGGUGCGCGAGACGACGCUCACGCAGGAGGCGGCGGGGCAGCUGAACGCGCACGCGGCGGAGGCGCGGCAGCUGGAGGCGCGCAUCGUGCAGCUGAAGCGCGGGCAGGACCGCGUGGAGCACGAGCUGCGCGAGCUGGCGUCGUCGCGGGACCGCCUCGCGCGGCAGGUGGCGUCGAAGCUGUACAAGCUGCGGGAGGCGCGGCAGGACCUGGGGCUCAAGGACAUGGUGAUCAAGGACCUGAAGAAGCAGCGGAAGGAGGUGUUGUCGCGCGUGCGGGAGUUCGAGCAGCUGUUCGAGCUGGUCAAGAACCAGCGGAACAAGUUCGUCAACCUGAUCCAGGCGGCCAAGCAGAGCAUGGCGGAGAUGCGCGAGAAGCUCAAGAUCCUGGACAACGAGGUCGACAUAUUGCGGACGGAGUCGAACGACAAGGACUCGAAGCUGCAGAAGAACGAGCACGACCACCAGCUGGCGCAGGCGGAGCGCGACCAGGUCCGCAACGAGCUGACGCGGUCGGUGCAGGAGUUCCAGCGGCGGCAGGACGUGGUGGACCAGCAGAUCGCGGAGAUCGACAAGCUGAACGCGAUCAUCAACCGCGCCGAGCGCGACAUGCUGCGCCUGAAGAAGCAGUACGAGACCAUCGUCGAGGCGCGCAACUACACGGGCAUCAUGCUGAUCGACCGCAACGACGAGCUGUGCAUCCUGUACGAGAAGGCCAACAUCCAGCAGGAGGCGCUCCGCCGCGGGGAGCUCGAGCUCAAGGGCCGCGAGGACGAGAUCCGCAUGCUCAGCAUCCAGCGCGCCGAGGUGCAGCGGUCGCUCGAGAUCGUGCGGCGGCAGGCGCCGCGCAUGCCCGAGUACGACAAGGAGAUCGCCGCGCUGCAGCACCAGCUCCUGCAGGUGCGCGCCAAGGCGGACGAGCUCACCGCCGCGCUGGAGGACCCGGGCAACGAGGGGCGCUGGCGGCUGCUCGACGCGCGCGUGCCGGACAAGGAGGAGCUCAAGGCGCGGCGCACGCAGCUCGAGGACCGCCUCACGGACCUCAAGCAGCAGAUCACGGAGAAGGACGUCGUGCUCGCGGAGGUCUCCGCGCUCGCCGAGCGGCUGCAGCUGCAGGCCGUCGAGGGCCGCCAGGAGUCGCUCGACCUGGCGAAGAAGGCCAACGCGUACCAGCACCGCCUGCGUGACGUGACGCGCAAGAUGAUGGCCGCGGUGUCCGAGCUGUCGAUGUUCCAGGCCUCGGCGCUCAAGCUCGAGGCCGACAAGGAGUCCCUGACUCAGCUGCUCGGGGUGGCGCACCGGCGGCUCGAGCAGGGCCUGGCGCCCACGGAGGACGCGGAGCGGGAGUGGUACCGCCGGGAGCGCGAGCGGCAGGUCGCGGAGGAGAUGCGGGCGCGCGGCGAGGAGUUCGCCAAGCAGCAGGAGCUCGAGGCGCUGGGGCUGGUCACCACGGCCGAGCAGCGGCCCAACGCGUACAUCCCGGAGGACGACCCCAUCGGGCUGCCCAAGCCCUUCCCGCUGCACCCGCCGUACAAGCCGACGCCGCUCGGCGCCACCGCGCGCCACAUCCGGCAGCCCAAGCCACGGGAGAUUGUCAUUUAG